AUGUACCACCCACCCACUCCAUGCCCACGCCGCCUGUGCCGUCUUCACUCGGUUCGCGCCCCACCCUGUGUUCCGUCCUCCUCCGCUGCCCCAAACUCGGCUUGGGGCGCGGGAUCUCACGUUGACGACGAUGAAAUGAGUGGUACUCGAUGUACCACCCACCCACUCCACGCCCACGCCGUCUGCGCUCGAUUCACCCCCACCCCGCGUUCCGUCCUCCUCCGCACCCCCAAACUCGGCUUGGGCCGCGGGAUUCCUCGUCGACGACAGCGAGACGGGUGGCACACGGUGUACCACCCACCCACUCCACGCCCACACCGUCGGCGCUCGUUUCGCCCCCAUCCCGUGUUCCGUCCUCCUCCGCGCCCCCAAACUCGGCUUGGGGCGCAGGAUUCCUCGUCAACAACGAUAAAAUGGGUGGUACACGAUGUACCACCCGCCCACUCCAUGCCCAUGCCGUCUGCGCCGUCUGCACUCGGAUCUCAUGUCGACGCCUGGCAAACGGAUGGUACUCGAUGUACCACCCACCCACACCACAUCCCGCCGCUCACCACACCAUCUGCGCUCGAUUCGCCCCCACCCCGCGUUCCGUCCUCCUCCGUGCCCCCAAACUCGGCUUGGGGCGCAGGAUCUCACGUCGACGACAAUAAAAUGAGUGGUACACGGUGUACCACCCGCCCACUCCAUGCCCAUGCCGUCUGCGCUCGGUUCGCGCCCCACCCCGCGUUCCGCCCUCCUCCGCUGCCCCAAACUCGGCUUGGGGCGCGGGAUCUCACGUCGGCGCCUAGCAAACGGUACACGAUGUACCACCCACCCACACCACAUCCCGCCGCUUGUCCUGCCAUCUGUGCUUGCUUCACGCCCCAUCCCAUGUUCCAUCCUCCUCCGCUACCCAAAACUCAAACCACCGCAUCCACAUCCGAAAAUUCAACAAUGGCCUGGUCCACCCCGUAUGUGGACGAUAUUCUGAAGCCAGCAAUUGUCGAAUGGCAUAAGAAGAAAAACGAAGGAAGGGAGGAAGUGAUCAAACGCACCUGCAAAGAGUUGUAUGCAAAGCAGGCGGCAAACACCAGCAAGUUGAACCCUUUGAAAGAUGCUGCCAGUCUAGCGGGGCAAGUUGCGUGGUGGUUCAAAAAUAACCAGAAGAGAUAUUGCAAGGAUUUGGAUGGGGAGGAUAUGGGGGCUGCAAAUGACCGGAGUAAAGCAGGGAAGGGGGGCAAAGGAAAGAAUAAGGCGGUAGAGGAGAAUGAUGAAGAGCAGGAUGACGAGGAUGAUGAACCUGCCCGCAAUGUUGAUGUUCCAUGGCACAAACGUAUGACUGGGCCGCUAAUGGCGAAGGCAUGUGAUGAGGAGGCCUUCAAGAAGAUUUUAGCGCAUCACGAAGAUAAGGGAUUUGGCCAGCGUUUCAACUUGGCCAUCAAUGAGUAUUGGGGGGGGUUCACCGAAGAGGAAAAAGAUGAUUUUAGCAAGAAAGCGCGUGAGUGGAAUAGGCAAGGCCCACCAAAGAACAUGAAACCAUCCCUGGCAAAGCGAAACAUGCAGGAGAGCAUGAACAGUGUAGUAGAAUACUUUGCUAAAUACUACGGAGCAUCGGUGAUUAUGUUCAGCAUGGCGCCAGGAGAUGAUGACUCCCCAAUCAUUCGUUGGCAUGAAACUAAGGAUGGAAAACGUCCAAGCAAGUUCAUCAAGCCAAAUGUCUUCCGGGCAUUCCAAGAGGAGUGGUUGGAGUCGGUGCCUGCCGGUCUGUAUGGAGAUGCAGUGAAGUCUAAGGAUACAGACCCAGAGCGGGAUUCCUGGGCUAUUGUGGAAGAAUCAGAAGAUGGUAUUCCCAUGCUCCCAAAUCUUCCAGCAGGCGCCAGGAGCGAAGCAAUUGUCAGGGUGUUCCGUGAAUAUGGGAAUUUGGUGGCAGAUAUGGACUCUGACGGCAAAGUGAAGAGAUUACCGUGGCUUCGUCUCUCACAGGAUAACGAGGCAUAUAUUUACCCAAAGUCUUUGAUAUCUGGGGUACACUUUGGGGAACCAACAAAGAUGCCUAUUGCCGAUGUUCGCCAAUAUUAUAUGCACUUUCUGCGCCGCCAGGAUAAAGGAACCAUGGGUCUACGUCUCCGAGAAGGUUGGGAUACUCUGUCCAAGGAAAGCGAGGUGGAGAAAGGUGAAGGGAAAAGGCGAAGGAGUUCAGUGGUGGAAGUCAGAACAAGCAAGCGUAUCAAGACUCCAUCUGACACAAUGAUGGAUGUGGAUGGUGAUGUGGAUGGUAAAGGAAGCGCAAUGGACGUUGACAAGAAUGGCGGAGGAAAGGAUGUUCCAGUGGGCAUGCUAGCGCCAAGCCAGGUCUCCGACGAGGACCGCAUCAUCUUUCUGAGAUCUCUCUCGACAAACGGUGAUUAUCAAGCCAUGAUCAGUUGGCUGAGCCAGUGCAAGCAAGGGCAAGUGUCCAUGCGGUCUAACCAACGCCCGCCAACAUGGGGCAGCUGGUCUUUGAAAACACCACAUCUACCAAUGGAGUUUUACACGCAGUCCAAGUCCAACAAAGAACGUGAAAGUUUCGCAGCAGCGAAGGCAUACCUCCUACAGGACCCACUUCCCCAUGUUGGCCUUGGUGAUGUAGUUGGGCCAUAUGGGCGAGUCGAAACCACUGUUCUCAUUGUUGGUCUCAUGCUGCGUGACAUGGCCAAAGUUUGUUUUCUGGAGCCUGGUAGUGAUGAGGCCCAAAGUCUUCCUGGAUACAUGCAAGAUUCUUCUUUCGCAAUCAAGGAGUGGGAGGAACUGGGCGAAGUUUGCAGCGGAAUUAGGAACAGCCUGCGGAAAUGGGAGGAAGACCAGAUAAAGCGCGGGCAGGCCAAGAAUGCCGGCCCUAAAGCCAAAGACGCCGGCCCUAAAGCCAAAGACGCCGGCCCUAAAGCCAAAGACGCCGGCCCUAAAGCCAAAGACGCUGGCCCUAAAGCCAAAGCCGAGCUGAAAAGGGAUUGGAUCGGGAAAGCAUCAAGGAUUCCUAAAGAUCUGUUAACUCUGGCUAGUUCAUGUGGUUUACUCCGUGAGGAUGCUCACAUCUUUCAAAGCUUCGGGGCAGAUUGGAGGGCAGUGGUUGAUAAUUAUUGGGCACUGGAGAAGGCAUUAUUAGGGAAGGCUGUUGACGGGGAUGGGGUGCCUCAUCAUGUUGAAGGAUUACCAACUGCGGUGGAUGUCUGGGUUGAUGCUUGGCAAGAAGAAGGUUUGUUUGAUGUGGAUGGCUUGAUAGGUGAUGCCAAGUUUGGUGAAGAUAUGUGGAAAUGGUGGAAGAAGCAGAAGGAUGCAGAUAAAGAGGUUCGUGAAGAAAAGGGGCUGGAUGGACUCUUGGAGCAACCACAUCUCCAGCGUGGUGGUAGGGGACUGUUGGUGAUGUUAUGGGCGGUCAAUGUGUGGGGAAAGGGUGUGGUGAGGCGUCAAAAGCCUCAAGGAGCAGAGGCCCAACAAUGUGUCACCGUCUGCAAGGAGCUCCGCCUGCUUUUUAUUGAGCUCUUGAAAGCACCAGCUUUAGGUGGACGUACUACCAGAGCCCGGUAA